CAGAUGUCCGCGAGUCUUGCUCCAGACAACACGUCCCACAAAGCGUUGCUGAAAUGGCUCUGAGUAGUCAGAACGGGCGUGAAUUAUGGAUUCCCAACACUAGUUAAGAUAGCGGAAAACUUUGAAAACUGGUCACUAGCGAUUCAAUUCAACUCCAGAGACAAUGAUUGCAUCCAGCGACUCCUUCAAAUUCGGUGAAACACUAGUUGAGGAUGGGGGAAAUGCUGAGAUGGAAAUAUCUAUUCCAGUUACUUGAAAGACUUUGUUACUUUUCAACAAACUAUUCAACAUUUCAAUUGAAUCUGAAAGAGGAACGGUUCAUAGUGAAUUUGAUUGACAUUGAAUAAAAUAGCAAACCUAUACAGUAUUCAAAACCUUAUCGAAACAUCUAUAGAAUAACUUCAAUAUUAUUGAAAUCAAAAUCAUUCAAACUGGAACCUUUCCACCAAUAGCAACAGCGAACGAGAAUUCAGAAUCCAUUACAAGCUUCUUACGAUCAACGUUCAAUUAUACUGUUCCAGCAAAAUUGAAGAAUGCUGGGAAUAAUCAUUUAUAAUUUUCUUGUUAGGCACCUGUGAGUAUUAGAUGGAAUAAUUGGUGGCGUUUUCUCAAAAAAAUAGAAAUUUGAAAUAAACAAGAUACUUCGCGAACAUGUAUCAGGUAUCAUACAUUCUAGUAUCAAAGACUCAUCUGCUUUCGAAUUCAAUAUUACAGUCAUAAACACAAACUCAAUCUAUAGAAGCAGAGUACUGAUUGAACCGCGUUUUGAAGGUAGCAAACAAACAAAAUACAGUAUCAAUAUUGGCACAACCAGGACUCUUGGAUUAAAUCUGAGUUGAACUGUAGUGUUACAAUCUACACUACACUGUACGUUAUUGAUGAACACCAGAGUCCCUGUUCAAUCAAGUGGGAGAAUAGAGAGAAGAACAAACUAAAAUAUUCAUACGAACAGAACUUCUAGAUAGGAUACCAGUUGCAUUGACUGAUACAACUCAGAGUUUUUGUCUACUAAAGGGGAGACAAACUGUUGAUUAUUCACCCAAACAGAACUACUAGAUGUACUAGUUGCAUUGAAUCUUCAGAUCUAGUGAAGUGAAAAGGAGAUAAGAAUAAAUUAUGAUUGAGAUCAACACCACUUUGGUUCCGUUGGUGGAAGAACCGAUCUACGAUGUGCCCCUGGAAGUGAUGCUGUUCCUGUCGUUCUGCUAUGGCUCUAUCUCGCUGGCUGCCGUCCUGGGCAACGGACUCGUUAUCUGGGUAAUUGCGUCGAGCAGGAGGAUGCGCAGUGUCACCAACUAUUACAUCGCUAACCUGGCUCUGGCUGACAUCGUUAUCGGACUCUUUGCUAUACCUUUUGAGUUCCAAGCGGCCCUGCUGCAGCGUUGGACUCUGCCCGAAUUUAUGUGCUCGUUCUGUCCGUUCUUCAAGAUAAUCAGCGUCACUGUCAGCGUCUUCACCCUGGCCGCCAUUGCAAUAGACCGCCAUCGCGCCAUCUUGUCGCCGUUCUCUGCUCGAGUAUCGAAGACGCAGUUCCGACUGGUGAUCUCACUGAUCUGGGUGACGGGUGGCAUCCUGGGCGUGCCGUUCCUGUACGGCAACCGGGUGGUGGACAUGAUCGACGACAAAGGUCAGCGAUACCCGUUCUGCUACAGCGUCAACCUCACGCGCAGUCAGCUCAAGUUCUACCGCUGGCUGCUGGUGCUUCUGCAGUACGCCAUUCCGCUCACUGUCAUCUCCUGGGUGUACGCCCGCAUGGGGUUCGCACUCUGGGGCGCCACAGCUCCCGGCAACGCCCAGACUGAGAGGGAUGCCAAUAUCAUGCGCAAUAAGAAGAAGGUGAUCAAGAUGCUUGUGAUAGUGGUGGCACUUUUCGCCGUUUGCUGGUUACCAUUGCAAACAUACAAUGUACUUCAAGACGUGUUCCCAGGAAUAAAUGAGUACCGCUACAUCAACAUAAUCUGGUUCUGCAUGGACUGGCUCGCAAUGAGUAAUAGCUGCUACAACCCUUUCAUAUACGGAAUAUAUAAUGAGAAAUUCAAGCGUGAAUUCGCACUACGCCUGCAGCUGCCCUGCUGGAAACACAUGCCCCGAAAUGAGCCGCUGUCCCGCGAACUCAGUGGUCUGGACAGUUCUCGUUUCGACUGGCGUCGGACCUCCACCAUCAACAGAAGCGAUAAAAAUAUGAUGAAUAAUGGCCAAACUGUAAGCUAUAGACCAAUAAAUAGCUCUUCUGUUGAUUCUACAUGAUAUUUUAUUUAUUCAUCUCACAUUUUUCAUCAAUAUUUUUGUAGAGUUCAAAGUGAUUACAAAUUCUGAUUCACCCUACAAGAUGAUCUAUAUAAAUAUUAAAAGACUGUUCCAUUAAGAUAUAGAACCAUGUAAAUAAUAAUUCCCAUCAAUCUACAUUAUUAUAAAAUAUUGAACUAUAUGAUUAUUUUAAGAAGUAUUCAUUGAGAUAAUAAUGAUAUUUGAAUUAUUCAGUGAUUGUAUUAUUAUAAAAUACGAUUUUGUUAUAAUAGGCUGAUUAUGAUAUUAUUGUAAAGCAACUACAUGUAUUAUAGUAAAAAUAAAGUUUGUGAGAAAAUGUUCUUGAUGUUUACCUUAUAUGUAUCAUAUCUUCUUCUACGGGCAUGAGAAGGAACACCCGUUAUGGGUCUCUUCAUCAAUGAAGGCCAAAGUUAAUUAUAAUAAUUAUGUUCAAUGUAUCAUGUAAGUCUUCUUAUAAUAAGUAUAAUGGUAGGUAGUCUAUUUUCUCUCAAAUUACUAUAGAUAUAAGUAUGGUAGUUGUAUAUAAUUUGUAUGGGGAGGAAUGAUUGUGAUUGAGCUGAGUUAUACUGGAGAGGACAUGAUUUAUACAUUUGAAUUUAUGUCUUGGAGAUACAUUUCUAUGUAGAAUAGUCUUUCUAUUUUUCGAAUAAAUCGAAAGUCCCCUAACUUUCUGUGAUCCCAAUACAAGGAGUAUUAUUAUAAUAUUGAACAUUUCUUAUGAGUGAUACAGUAUAAGUCUGUACUGUAAAGUGAAUUAAUUGUAUUAUGAUGUUCUUCAUAUAUGUAUUGUAAUGAUUAUUCAAAUAAUAAAAUGAUAGUAUUUAUGUAAAAA